UUUACCGUUAAAAACAAAUAAAACAAUUUUAAGAUUAUCUUUUAAUACACAUAGCAAGUAAAAUGAAGCUUGUAAUAACUUUAAAUCAUUUCAGCCUGUCUAAUGAAUGAAGCUUCAGAUUUCCUGUAGUAUAAUUGGGAUUAAUUCAAUCCAAGGAGUGAGCCGAUUUCUCAUUACCACACCCCACCCAGCAUGGAGUAGUUACAGUAUGCGUGUGUGACAAGAUCUGUGAUUGGUUAUAUAUUGUGCAGACACACUUGGUAUUUGUUUCACAAUGAACCCUGAGAUGUCAAAUCGGUAAUCAAAAAUUCAUGCAUAUCACUGCUGUACAAUAUUUUAUAACGAAACAAGUUAUUGAAGUUAUACAUUCAAAGCUGGGUUCUUCGGGGGUUGUAGGCCAACAUGGCGUGUUGCCUUAGCGAAGAGGCAAAAGAACAGAAAAGAAUCAAUCAAGAGAUCGAAAGGCAACUUCGGAAAGACAAGCGAGAUGCUCGCCGAGAACUUAAAUUACUACUGUUAGGUACUGGGGAGUCUGGUAAAAGUACAUUCAUCAAACAAAUGAGAAUUAUUCAUGGACUGGGUUAUUCAGAUGAAGACAAAAAGGGUUUUAUUAAACUUGUGUAUCAAAAUGUAUUUAUGGCCAUGCAAAGCAUGAUAAAAGCAAUGGAUAUGCUUAAAAUUCCAUACAAAGAUCCAAAAAAUAUGGACCAUGCUGAUCUCGUAAGAUUAGUAGAUUACGAAACUGUUACUACAUUUGAGUACCAAUAUGUCGUAGCAAUUAAAUCCUUAUGGGCAGAUUCUGGUAUUCAAGAAUGCUAUGAUCGUCGUAGAGAGUAUCAACUUACAGAUUCAGCCAAAUAUUAUCUGACUGACCUUGACAGAUUGUCACGUCCAGAAUAUUUACCUACUCAACAAGAUAUUCUCAGGGUGAGAGUACCAACUACAGGCAUUAUAGAAUAUCCAUUUGAUUUAGAUUCUAUAAUAUUCAGAAUGGUUGAUGUUGGUGGGCAAAGAUCAGAAAGAAGAAAAUGGAUUCAUUGUUUUGAAAAUGUGACAUCCAUAAUCUUUUUAGUUGCUCUAAGUGAAUAUGACCAAAUUCUGUUCGAAUCAGAUAAUGAAAAUCGGAUGGAAGAAAGUAAAGCAUUGUUUAAAACAAUUAUCACAUAUCCAUGGUUUCAAAACUCCUCUGUUAUUUUAUUUCUCAAUAAAAAAGAUCUACUUGAAGAAAAAAUUAUGUACUCGCAUUUAGUUGAUUAUUUCCCCGAAUAUGAUGGACCAAAGAAAGAUGCCAUUCAUGCUAGAGAAUUUAUAUUAAAAAUGUUUGUUGAUUUAAAUCCAGAUAGUGAAAAAAUUAUAUAUUCACACUUUACUUGUGCUACAGAUACAGAGAAUAUUAGGUUUGUUUUUGCUGCUGUGAAAGACUUCAUCCUACAACUUAAUUUAAAAGAGUACAAUCUGGUGUAAAUCUCCAAUUCCGGUUUUUCAUCAGUGGCUUAAAAAUGUUUUUGCUGUUAAAAAUAAAAUUCCCUUGUCCUCUCUGGAGUGUUUAAAAAGAAGUCCUCCAGUAUGUGAAAGGGCAAGGAACUGAAAGAGGAUCUAUGUUUAGAACACGUAAAGAAACAAAAAGCUUGUAAUUCUCCUCAGUGAUCUUUUUUAAAAAAUCACUCACACUUCUGUGUCAUUGUGCAGUUUACAUUGCACAUGCACUUGUAAAACCUUCAGUUCACAUUGCACAGUAUUUUCUAUAUUUGAGAGAAUGAGAAAUGUAACACUCAUUCUAUCGUGGUGGUUUAAAAAUAAAGAAACACCACCAUUUUCUCAUUGUUAGCAUAAAAAACAACAAAAAAUACAAACUUUUUAUCAGUCAUUGAGUGUAAAUUUUUCACAUCUCUGUGCUUUAUGUGAAAAUAUCUGAGAAAACACUAAUAACUUUGGCAUAGGCGAGGUGCCAAAAUUUGAGUUUGGUUAAGAAGCUAAAUAUCAAAUCAAUGUGAAAAGCGUGUGAUUUUUAUGUAUGUAAAGCCAUCUUUAUAAAUAUGCAUUCUAUGUUAAAUUAUCUUUCAAUACAUUAUAUAAUGUGAAUGCCAAAGAAAAGGCAAAUUGUUGAAACUAGUGUUUUAAUAAAAUAUCCCCCUUUUUUACAUUCUUAUAUAUUUUUUAAGGGCACAUAUUUUCUUAUUCAUUUUUCGAUUGAAGGACUCAGAGCUUUUAAUUUAGGACAAAAUAUAUUAAAAUUUUUUGUUCAUACACUUGCUUUUUAGCAUUUUCUUUUCCAUAAAUGUUUAGCUUAUGACAAGUCACAGGCCCAAUACUUUUUUUUUUUUUUUAACUAGUCAGAGAUUGUAAAUAUGUUCUAAUGUAGUAUUGCCUGAUGAGCUUGUUUUUAAGAUCUAAAAUGGUAUUAUUUUAUUUGUGCCAACUGAAUGAAAUUCAUUUUAAAAAUAAUUAAAAUAGCUACAUUUUUAGCUUGCCAUUGAUGUAGCCAAAAGUUUUUAUCUCUCGAUUUGUUGUUCAUUUGUAUAGAAUUUGUUUUAUUCUUAUUUUGUUUAUAUGCUGUUGUAUAUUUUAUUGUCUCUGCUCUUUCUGUACUUUUUUACUUACCUUAUUUUUAUACACAUUUAUAAAAAUGAUCAAAUCCAUGUUACAUACUAAAAAAUUUUGCACUCCAAUAAUUUUUCUAUAAAAAAACAUUUGCUUUUGUUGCAGUGAUAAAUUAUUUUUAGCAAUCAAUUAUUGAAUAAAUUUUAGGUACUUAAAUUAUUUUUAGCAUGAUUUUUAGGGUGCUUUUUCUUACCUCAGGGUCAUAAAUCUAAAUUUAAAAUUUCACUUGCUCUUAGAACAUGCAAUUUUUCCUUUUUUUGUUGUGUAGAUCAUUGUGAUACAUCCUCUUUUAAGGAAGAAAAAAACUAAAUAAUCAAAUGUACUGGUGAACUUUUGAAUUUCAUAUUAUUUUACAGUGUGUUUCAAAAGUGACUCAACCCAUUAGCCAUCAAAACUUCAAUGUGCUUUUUAUCUGUCAAUGUACACUUAUAAGCCUUUUGGGGGUUAAUUUUAGAUGAUUGAUGAUUUCGAAGUUUAGGCAAACAACUUGGUCUUUUUUAUUAUGGUUUUUGCAUUUAUUGUUCAUUCUUGUGCUCAAUUUUUAUUAUCUUUUGUCAAUUGUGCUGUUUUUUUUUUAUAAAUUGGAUGUAUAUUUAUUAUUGAUUUUUUUUCUCCAUCCUUAAGAUCACCAGAUCUGAUUAAAAGCAUUUUGGAUGGAACUGAUAUAAAGAAUCGAUUAUUUGAAUUCUGAUGCACAUUAACGCUCCUCAAUUUUGUGACCAAACAGCAUAAUGUUGGCAAUGCAUUGCCCAAUAGCCAAUUUUAUUUCUAAGGCUAGCUAGUAACCAUACUUCUGCAUGGGUAGGUUUGAAGCCACCACUGGGUAUUCAACCCUGGUCCUUCACAAUUAUCUUGCUUUACCGCACUAUAAAAUCAAAGAUACGUAAAUUUUUAAAAACUAAUAUUAUUUGUGAAAUACUUACAGUGGGUUGCGUCAUUUAUGAAAUUCUCUGUAUUAGAAAGUGAUAUGCAUGUGCAGCUCAUUGAUGUCCUCUGUUUUCUUUUAUUCUUUUUACAAAAUAAUUUACUUGUUGUUGAAUGUUAACAAAAGAUGAAUUUGGUUAUAGUGUCUUUGCAUUAGGAAGAUGUGUGUGUGGAACCUGCAUGAAAGCCAAAGACUUAUCAAAUGCACAUGUCAGUACUAAAUUUCAUAUCACAAAAAAAAAAUUAAUUUGUGAUGUGUUAAGCAAGUGCAACACGCUGUGCUAAACUACUGCCCAUAAUUUUUUUACUCUCUCAUAUUCUGGGUGCUAAGCACUUAGCAGCAGUGAAAAGCCAAUAGUAUCAUUUUUCUUGGUCUAAGGGACAGUACUAAAAACUGUGUUUGAAACGCAACAUGUUAUUAUUUAUAAAAAAAUAAAACUCAUCUUUGAAUAUAGAUAUAUUUAUCUUCCCCUAUUUAAUUGUGUAUAGUGUAUAUUUUGUAUUGCUAAAAAAAUGCAACAUUUUACUUAAAAAGAAUGGUAAAAUUUCCAUCUAUACAAGUACUGAGUCCCAAGUUUAUUUCUUAAACUAAAUGUUAGAAAGUUUCAAAUAUUUCUGUGAAAUAUAUGCUUUUUACUUGACUAAAGCAACUGUUGUUUACAUAAAUGCUUGUUUUGUUAUUAAUGAUUUAUUUAAAGAUAGUUUACAACAGUUUGUAAGUCAUCAUUCUCUUAGCCUGUUUUACAGAAAAAUUAAAUAAAAUAAUAAUAAAAAUCA